GUAACGGGAAAAUGCUCGCUCCCUCCCCGCCGACAGCGAUGCCAUAGAUGGGCCGCGCAGGAUGUGAGUCCUCGGCAGAAGAAGCGGGAGGAUGGCUAAACCAGGCUCGUCUGCGGCGCUGCUGCUGCUGCUGGGCUCGCUCUCGGUGUCCUCCGUUCACGCCGACGCCCUGCUGUCAGCCCCGCUGAAUGUGACCAUCCGAGAGGUGGAGGUCAACUCCGCCGUGGUGACGUGGGAGAUCCUGGAGGGAGACCCCGUCAUUGGAUUCGCCAUCACCCAACAGAAGAAGGACGUCCGCAUGCUGAGGUUCAUCCAGGAGGUGAACACCACCACGCGCUCCUGCGCGCUGUGGGACCUGGACGAGGACACCGAGUACAUCGUGCACGUCCAGAGCAUCAGCAUGGGCGGCAGCAGCCCCCCCAGCCAGCCCCUGCUCUUCAGGACGCUGAAGGAGUCGGAAAAGAUGGCGUCCAAGAGCCCCGACGAGGUGACGAUGGAGGAGGUGGGUCAGGCCGCCCAGCUGAGGGCCGGAGAACUCAUCAUCAUCGUGGUGGUGCUCGUCAUGUGGGCAGGCGUGAUCGCCCUGUUCUGUCGCCAGUACGAUAUCAUCAAAGACAACGAGCCCAACAACAACAAGGACAAAGCCAAGAACUCCUCGGAGUGCAGUACUCCCGAGCACCCGCAGGGGGGGCUACUGCGCAGCAACGUCUAGGACCAGCCCGGCAUCGCCUUCUGCAAUAACCAACUCCUCUAAGCUCAGGACAGACCCUGAGACCAACGGAAAGCCAUUCUCAGAA